UUAAAAAAAUCUAGCAUAAUUGCCAUACAGAGAGAUAUCUAUCUAGCAAUAACUUCCUCCUCUUUUAUACCUAUCUUUCCUAGUUAGCCUUGGUGCAUGAUCUUGCAGUUUUUGGCUUGUGUAUAUCUGUCAUUUCAAAUGACAAACCAAGCAAGAAACCAACCAUAAUGACAAAGAUUACACAUUAAUCGCGUGUAAUUAAACCAAUGCCAGUUAUAGACAUUCCACAUUUAUUGGUUUUUUCAAGCAGAACUUUAUCUUAGGCUUGGAUCUUACAAAAGGAGGUGCUUCCAUGAGAGGCCUGAUCACUCUGUUCAUCUUUGUUUCCCUCAUCUGUGUAUUGUUUCUCCGGUUGAAAAGAGAAAACCAUGACUGACAACACUCAGAGACAAAUCAGUGACCAAAGCCUAAGAUGGUCACUCAAAGGAAUGACUGCUCUUGUCACUGGUGCAACUAGCGGGAUCGGGCACGCUAUAGUGGAGGAAUUAACUGGACUUGGUGCGGCUAUACAUAUAUGCUCUCGAACUGAAGACAGUGUCAAACAAUGCUUGAAAGAUUGGGAAUUGAAAGGUUAUAAAGUCACCGGCUCGGUAUGUGAUGCUUCAGUUCCAGCUGAACGAGAAAAGUUGAUGAAAACUGUAUCUUCUGUUUUUGGGGGCAAGCUCAACAUCCUUGUUAACAAUGCUGGAACAGCAAUAUUUAAAGACACAGUGGAUUACACCGAUGAAGAUGAUUUGAAAGUCAUGGCAACAACUUUCGAUUCUGCUUACCAUUUAUCUAAACUUGCACAUCCCCUUUUAAAAGCUUCAGGUUCGGGAAACAUCGUUUUUAUCUCCUCUGUAGCUGGCGUGGUUGCUACAGCCAUGGUAUCAAAUUAUUCAGCAUGUAAAGGAGCAAUAAAUCAACUUACAAAGAACCUAGCUUGUGAAUGGGCGAAGGAUAAGAUCCGCGUCAACAGCGUAGCACCAUGGAUUAUCAAGACUUCACUAAUGGAACCGCAUUUGAAAGACAAGGAGUUUGAAGAAAGAGUUAUCACUAGAACUCCUAUUCGGCGCAUUGGAGAACCCAGUGAUGUUUCGCCUCUGGUGGCCUUCCUUUGCCUACCUGGUGCUUCAUAUAUCACUGGCCAAAUUAUUUGUGUUGAUGGUGGAUUCACAGUGAAUGGGUUUUUCCCUACGCAUGAUUAGUCCUGAAAACUCCAAAAUAUUGUUAUUUAUGCAAGUAAUUGUGGUCCACAAUUUGAAUAAAAGUUUCAACUUAUUUUGGGAGAAUAUUCA